AUGUUGUCCAUGCAACAGCGCAAGAAUGAGAUCUUGGCCAAACGGGCUAAGCUGGCUGAGCUGAAAAAGCAGCGUGAACUUCGUCAAAAAGAGUUCACAAAUACACGAAACAGUGUCGGUGAUGUUUCAGAGGUUGCUUCUCCAGUACCUAGUCGCUCCGAUAGUCGAGCCGAACUUGAUGAUUUAAUUUCCCGACUCGUGGAUCGCCCUGGAUCAGCAACCAUCAGUCACGGCGCUGAAGGUCAAUCGAGGAGAGGAAGUCGCCCUAAUUCCGUCCUGAGUGCCAGCCAACUGAGCGGAGAGAAUGCCGAACCUUAUGUUGCUUCUUUGCGACCUCAAUCGCAGUCUAUUGCUGUGCAAACUGUUGGCCAUGAGACCUAUACCUCUCCCGCGCCCGAAGCCCCGCUGGCCCCUGAACCCAGGCCAGAAGUCGUGACUUACAGCAAGGCCGUGCAGACAGAUGAUUUGGCGACACAGACAGAAUCCCAAGAUGGUUCAGUUGCCUCCGAUAAUGAAGAGGAGGCCGAAACAACACGUGCAAACAAGCGACUGAGUCGGCGGGGGAGAGAACGGGACGAGGAAAUUAGACAAAAGCUCCGCAAAGAGAUCGAGGAGGAAAUACAAGCUACUCAGCAGGAUGCUAAUAAUGCCUCGACUACUCAAUCCGCCCAAUUACGUUAUCCACUUCGCACGCUUGACGAUGACGAGUUGAAGGCCGUGACUUCUUCAAAUGAUUUCUUGGAUUUCGUGGAACGUUCAUCCAAGGUCAUCGAGAGAGCCUUGGAUGAAAAUUACGACGUUCUUGCAGAUUAUGAACUAGGUGGCAUCGAUGGAGACCUGGAGGAAGAUGAAGAAACCGGCAAGAAGCGGAGGGGUAUUCGGGAAGUCUGCCAGUUCUGGGAUGAGCGAUGGAGCAAGAAGCGGACGAUCACUGAUAUCAGCUUCUCUCAGAAGUUUCCGGAACUUGUGCUUGCCUCUUACACCAAGAACCCCUCUGCUCCUCAUGAGCCAGAUGGCCUCGUGCAGGUCUGGAAUCAACACCUUCAGUCCCGCCCCGAAUACGUUUUCCACUCAACAUCCGAUAUUCUCACAGCCAAAUUUUCUCCCUUUCACCCUAACCUGAUUGUUGGUGGCUCAUACUCAGGCCAAGUUUUGUUAUGGGACACUCGUUCCUCACGCAUGGGCGGUGGUGCUCCCGUGCAGAAGACACCAUUGACUGGAUCUGGCCAUACCCACCCGGUUUAUAGUAUCUCAAUUGUCGGAACUCAAAAUGCUCAUAAUAUUUUGACUGCAUCAACGGACGGUGUGGUUUGUGGUUGGACUGUAGAUAUGCUGUCUCAACCACAAGAAUAUCUCGAAUUGACUACACCACCUCCUUCCAAGACAGAAGAUCUUGCGCCAACGACCAUGUCUUUCCCUCAAUCUGAUCCAACUUUCUUUAUUGUUGGUACCGAAGAAGGUGGCAUUUAUCCAUGCCAUCGAUACGACCGAGCCGGUGCCAAGGCAGGCACUGAUCACCGCCUCGCCUACCGUGGCCACGCAGCUCCAAUUAUGUCUACAGCCUUCCACCCUGCUCGGGGUCCCGUUGAUCUAGGUGACCUUAUGCUCAGUUCUAGUCUAGACUGGAGUGUGAAGUUGUGGCGUGUACGACCACCAGCCACAACCGCGUCUGUCACGUCUACUGUGGCUUCAGCGCAAGUGGUUUCUCCCAUCCUCGAUAUUACUCGAGAGGAUGUGGUCUACGACGCACGCUGGUCACCCCACAGACCUGGUGUUUUCUCUCUCGUCGAUGGUGCUGGCAACCUCGAAGUGUGGGAUCUUUAUGCAGACACUGAAGUUCCAGUUGUCAAAACAACUCCUUCGCGUGGCGCUGGUGCUGUACUUUCUCGCAGUCUCAACAAGGUUGCAUGGGAGGAGCGAGAAGGUAGACGCCUCGCAACUGGUGGACUCAAUGGUGUCGUGACUGUCUUUGAAGUUGGUAAGGGACUUGGCGGACCCGCAGAAGAGGUGUCCGCCGAUGAAUGGACGGGUAUGAAGCGGUUGGUUGGUAAACUGGAACAGAAGGAUCGGGUGGCAUAG